AUGGAACACAACAAGAUUGAUAGAGAGCUUCAAGAUUCAUACGAUGAUCAACAAAAAUGGGUUCUUGAUUCUUCUCUCGAUAGUAGAGGAGAGAUUCCUGUUCGGGCUAGAACCGGAGCUUGGAGAGCUGCACUCUUCAUCAUUGCAAUCGAGUUCAGUGAGAGGCUAAGUUACUUUGGGAUCGCCACGAGCUUAGUGGUCUACUUCACGACCAUUCUUCACCAGGAUCUUAAGAUGGCUGUAAGAAAUGCAAACUACUGGUCUGGUGUCACUACUUUGAUGCCUCUUCUUGGAGGCUUCGUCGCCGAUGCAUAUCUCGGCCGUUAUUCCACUGUCCUACUUGCAACCAUCAUCUACCUUAUGGGUUUGAUUCUGUUAACAUUAUCUUGGUUUAUACCGGGAUUGAAACCUUGUCAUGAAGAAAUGUGUGUUGAGCCAAGGAAAGCCCACGAAAUAGCCUUCUUCGUUGCAAUCUACUUAGUCUCCAUAGGCACUGGAGGUCAUAAGCCAUCCCUUGAGAGCUUUGGAGCUGACCAAUUCGAAGAUGACCAUCCUGAAGAACGUAAGAUGAAAAUGUCUUACUUUAACUGGUGGAGCGCAGGUCUUUGCGCUGGUGUUUUAACUGCGGUGACUGUCAUCGUCUAUAUAGAAGACCGUAUUGGUUGGGGUGUGGCUG